GUGUCGUCAUCAACCUUGGAUAUGUAUUGAAUGUGGCUUUGCGUCCGGAAGUUUGAGAACUUUAUACAAGAACUCGCCGUAGAUAAGCUUUUAGGCUUCUUCUAGCUAACUAGAAGUUCCAACUUCGAGGCGAACAAGUCCCAGACCAUGAACUACGUGGGUCAGUUAGCAGAGACAGUCUUUGUAACGGUCAAGGAGCUUUAUCGUGGCCUGAACCCCGCCACACUCACUGGGGGCAUUGACAUCAUCGUUGUGCGGCAGCCAGACGGCAGUCUCCAGUGCUCUCCUUUCCAUGUGCGCUUUGGGAAACUAGGAGUAUUGCGCUCCAAGGAGAAAGUGGUGGAUAUUGAGAUCAAUGGCAAGCCUGUUGACCUGCACAUGAAGCUUGGGGAUAAUGGAGAGGCAUUCUUUGUGGAAGAGAGUGAAAACUUGGAGGCUGGGCUGCCAGCUCACCUCUGCACCUCCCCUAUCCCCAUCGAGGUUCCACAGUUUUCCGAGGUGACGGAGUCUCCCUCCAGCACCACCUCGUCUUCCUCCACCCGGAGGAAAAAGCGAAGACGUAAGCGUGCCCGCUGCGAUGCGCACCCCCGGGAAGAUUGUAGCUCGUCCUCGGAGGAGAGGGAGACCCCGGAGCAGGAGCUCAAUAAAGAGGAACCUGUGUCACCCAUGAUGGCGAGUAAGUCUGUGUACUACUCUCUUUCUGAGGAGCCAAGCGAGGAUCUGACUGGAACUCAGACCAAAGACCUGCACCCCCACUCUGAUGGAGAGUGCUCUCCUACUGAGAGUGUUUUCUAUAGUCGUUCUUCAUCCCCUAAGAGCGACUCUGAGUUGUUGGUGAAGCCUCAGGAAACAUCAGGGCCUCAAAUGCAGUGGAACUGGGGUGGUUUUCCCAAGGUGUGCCAGACAGAACGAACCGGAGACCUGCCCCGUGUUCCCUCCUUCCUCUUCCUCCCCUCUGACCACUCGCACUCAGUCCCCUCUGACCAAUCCCACUUCCGCAUCAUCCAACGUCAGGCCUCAAUAGACAUGGAGUCCUCCACCCCCCUGGAAAUGGUAACUGUGGUGAGACCGGAACCUCGGACAUUUGUAACGGAGCCUCGUCUCUCAGAUAACUUGCCCAGAGUUUCGCAUUCCACCCCAAAUGGUACACCAGAGGCUUCCCGACCCAAGCAGCGUGCCUCCCCACUCAGGCUGGACCAGGUGGAGCCUGGAGCCACGGACGACCUUCGGCACGUCUCAGGACCUCAGGGUCUAAAUGGUCUGAUCGAUUGCACAGUUAACACAAUUAGCACAUGUAGCACAGACGGUAGUGCUAGAAUUGCUAAUCCACUUAACUCUGCUAAUGGCAACAUUGCUCCUGCCGUUAGUGUGAUCACUGUUGUCUCAGAUUCGCCUGACCACCAGAGGAACCAGACUGACGCUGUAGGCACGGGUCGGCCAGAAACAUUAGCUACCUCAGUGGACUUAAUCGGCAAGACAACUCCACAGAGUGCGGCAGGAAAGGCAGCUUUGACAGAGAAAGACAGUGGCAUUGAAGCUUUCAGUGAAGGACUUGCUGAGGUGGAGGAAUGGGCAGACACACACACCCAACAGGACAAUAAGGAUGCGGAGACACAACCCAUGAAAGUCAUGCAAUUAGUGGAGUCGCCGGGCUCUUCCCAGUCCCCGUCUAAGGCAGCAGAACUCCAGGAAAGGAAAAAGGGCAAGCGCAGUCAGCAUUUAGGGCCAGCAGACAUCUAUCUGGAUGACUUGUCCAGUCUCAACCCUGAAGCGGUUGCAUUAUAUUUCCCAAGAAGUGACGGUGAAUCAGCUGUUCAGUCUGGCGCUGAGCUCAGUUCCAUCCAACUGCCCAGGACCUCCCCACAAUCUAGCCAGAUGUCUCCUCAGCCUCUGAGCACAGGAAACGUGGACAGUGGCACAGAGUACCUGUCUGACUCAACCACUGACACGCUGGACAUCUCCUUGUCCCUCUGCGGGACCAAGGACCACACAAGGCAGAUCAACAAAGAGAAAUUUAUGGAGCAUAUUGUGAAGUAUCAAGACCUUGUGAACAAUCCUGGAAUUAUUGAUGAUCCAAACCUUGUCAUCUGCAUCAAUUCAAAUUAUUACAACUGGGCAGUUGCUGCUCCAAUGAUUCUGUCAAUGCAAGCUUUCCAGAAGAAUUUGCCAAAGAGUACAGUUGAGCAGCUGGUGACGGUGAAGAUGCCUAAGAAGUCUGCCCGCUGGUGGUUUUCCUGGAGAAGGAAAGACAUGGACAAUAACCAGCCAAGUUCUAAACCUGGCUCAGAUGAAAAUCACCUUGAGGCCUCUUCUUCCCCUCCUGUAUCUCCCUCACUAAAGGAUUACUCUAGCCAGCUGUCCAGUGAUGAUGAUGUAACUGACUCCAAGAAACAGAAGAGUGGAGCUGAAGCCAUGAGCACCUCACAAUGCAUGAGCCAGGUGUACCGCAAAUCCCUGCGCCUCACCUCCCAGCAAAUAGAAUGUCUUAAUUUACGGGAGGGAGCAAAUGCAAUUGUGUUCAGUGUGACCACUCAGUACCAGGGAACCUGUCGCUGUGAAGCAGCCAUCUAUCUAUGGAACUGGAAUGAUAAAGUCAUAAUCUCAGAUAUCGAUGGCACCAUCACCAAGUCAGAUGCACUAGGUCAUAUUCUGCCACAGUUGGGGAAAGACUGGACCCACCAAGGCAUCGCCAAGCUUUACCACAGAAUACACCAAAAUGGCUACAAGUUUCUGUACUGUUCAGCCCGUGCCAUAGGCAUGGCAGACAUCACUAAGGGCUAUCUGCAGUGGGUCAAUGAAAAAGGCAUUGUAUUACCCAAAGGGCCUGUACUGCUCGCUCCGAGCAGCUUAUUCUCAGCUCUACACAGGGAGGUGAUUGAGAAGAAGCCGGAGGUGUUCAAGAUCACAUGCCUGAACGACAUUAGAGAACUCUUCAGUCCGUAUCAACAACCGUUCUAUGCUGCUUUCGGUAACAGGACCAAUGAUGUGUUUGCAUAUAAGAAAGUAAGAGUACCAGAGACACGUAUCUUCACUGUGAAUCCGAAAGGAGAGCUCAUACAGGAGAAAAGUAAAAGCUACAAGUCCUCAUACAACCACCUGAGUGAGAUGGUGGAACACAUCUUUCCUCUGCUCUCUAAAGGCCAGACUACGGCUUUUGAUCAUCCAGAAUUUAGCCACUUCUCCUAUUGGCGAGAGCCCCUCUCUCCACUGGAUCUCUCCUUACUCUAGACUUCCACAGCUAUCUUCGCCUGCUCCCAAUUUAUGCUUCAUACUACUCAGGCUUCUCUCAUAUUGUCUCACCUUACCAUGGAUAGAACACUAUACAGAUGAGUGUAUCCUGUGACCCACAGUACGAUGGUGCCUUUUAUGCAAUAGCAUACACAUGUAUACACUACAGGAUGUACUAAAAUUUAGUGACUGUAUCUGUACAUAGCCUCAAUGAAUUCAACUCUUCUUUCUUUGCUAAAUAUACAUGUAUGGAAGAAAUGUAGAGUAAGCUAAUCUAAUGGGGGAAAGUGGUAUCUCUUGUAUUUUAAAAUUCACGCAUGCACACACAAAAACCACGUCCUUGGGUCUUUGUCUAAUCGUGUCAAACCAUUUACAUUCUUGAAAUAUGCCUUUGAUUGUCAGGGUUUGGAUAAUAUGCCAAACUAGAGUUACAGAGCUGUAACCACAAUGCACGUCUCCUCUGAGCGAAAUGAUGCAGCAGUUUUGUCAGAAUAGCUAAAGAUGAUCGCAUGGUGUUUUAAGGUAAUUCACUUAUGCUACCGUAGUGUGAUUUCAGACGAGCGUGUGCAAUUAAGUUAUCUUACAUGUUAAUGUUAGUGUCAAAGGUAUAAACAUUAAAUAUUGGUGUUAUUCAACAGAAAUGAGAAAAGAGUUAUGUUUCACACGCUGUUUCUGAAUAGAUAGCAGCGCUUCUCUGUAGGCUUAGUAUUUAGGAAGUAUUUUAUAUCGACCCAUUUAUUCAUAUCUUACUAUUUUAUACCUGAGUAAUUGCGUUCAUACAUUUUGACAUGAUUUACUUGAACGAAUCACAAACGCCAGUAAGCACUGAGGAAUACUUCUCUUCAGUAGGUAACAGCACAAACUUGAAGUAAUUUGCUGUAAAAUGUUUUUUGUUGUGGCACUAGUACUGAUGCAUUUGACCGCUCAAGUUUGAUAGAAAAAGAUUUUCCACCUCGGGAAACGACGUGAAACCGGGCGAUUGUCGUGCCGAACAAUGAUUACAUUCAAAACCUUUUUUUUUUUUUUGUAUGAUCGUUUUUUUACUCCUCGUAUUUUACUUCAUGACUAAAAGCUUGCUUAGUUACAAAUAUACCGUUUUGCUUGUAUAUUUGAUCUCACAUUUAAUAUUAUUUAAAUGGAGGGAUGUAAGGGUGAACAGCGUAAUAACAGACUAUGUUCUGCGUAAUAUGAAAUUGGGGGACUCUUAUUCUGUUAUAAUGUUGGUUGUGUUUGUAAUAAAAAGGUUAACGUUUUGUUUAAAAAAAAAAAAAAUCUUCCCACAUGGAACUGGGCGUUUCUUGGUGAAAGACACACGACCGGAGGUCGCGUCACGACGUUAACUGUUAGUAGUAUGCUAGCGUAUUUAUUUUUCCGUAACUGUUAAGCAAUGUUCCUUAGGGAGCCACCCUAACCAAAUCGCCAAUGAUCCGCCAUGCGGAUGUCCAACGUGGACAGAGUUCCGAGAGACGUAUGCCAUGGCUUUAGGUUUUUCUCAUAGUGCUUUGAACCUGGAACUCAGCUGUUUCUGUCUGUUUUCCCCCUCCUGAAGCUUAAAUUCAGCAUCACUGCAGAGUGAAGUACCAGAAUACAAAAUUCCCACAGAGGAAUCUUUAACUAUGCAAGCAGCCAGAGGGGCACUCC